AUGUCGUUGCUAAAUCCGUAUCCGUAUUCUGAGAAGUGUGAUUUAAAUUUCUGUCCAGAUCUGAUGGUCUACGCUCCAACAGCGGAUAGUGACGACGAGGAGGUGGAAUCUUUCUACAAAAAGAUUGAUGACGUCAUGAAACUAACUAAAAACAAAGACGUCACUUUGCUCCUGGACGACAUGAAUGCAAAGAUUGGACAAGGUUCAUGUGGAAAAUGCAUUGGGCGGUAUGGACUGAGCGAACGUAAUGAGCGAGGAGACCGCCUUCUAAAAUAUUGCCAAGAAAACUCCAUGAUAAUAACUAAUACGUACUUCAAACUACCAAAACGUCGCCUAUACACAUGGAAAUCGCCACGAGACAGUGAGAACCGCAUAGUCCGAAACCAAAUUGAUUAUAUUAUCCUCAAUCAGAGAUACAGGAAUGCAGUGAAAAGUGUCAAAUCAUACCCAGCAGCAGAUGUAGGCUCGGACCACAGCCUUCUGGUGACGGAGAUUAUGGUAAAGCUCAAGAAGCUGAAAGUUUUGUCGAACCAAAUAUCUAUUGAUACCAGCCUACUAAGAAGUAAUAACGCGAAAGUGAAGGUGUACCAAGAACAAUACAUCGAAACCCCUUUCAACGACCAAAGAGAAGAAAUCACUACCAACACUAACAAUGAAAUGGGGGCAUCUAUUUUAAAGGAAGAAGUGCAAGCGGCAAUAAAAGGAGCCAAAGAUGGGAAAGCGCCUGGCCCUGAUGAUCUACCUGCAGAUGCGCUCAAGUUGAUAGAAGAACAAAACUAA